GUUUUUCUGAAUAUAUCAAACCGUGUAUGUGUGUGCGUGUGUGCCCACGUCUGCUCUUUGACAAUGCUCUUUUCCGCUGCGAGGUCUCCCCUUCCUUCCCCCCAGUAGCCGUUGUUUAUUGUUAAGGAUGUGAUGAGGGAAGCAAGUCAGCUGGGAAAACUCAUCUGGAAAAAUGUACCGUUUAAAAAUGACCACACAUGCUGCCACAAUAACCAAGAAAAUAUCAGUGUUGCAUCCAAAAACACUUGCUACAAAGACCAAGUUAUUAAAAACAACAGAGUGGAUACAGAGACUAACAAAAUAAGCCUCACCAUGAAAAAGUGGGAGGAUCGCCUGAAAAAGGUGGAGCAGCUCGCUCGGUCUUUUGAGAAGAAGCCACUGACCUCAGGCUACAAGCCGAGACUGUGGCCAUGCCAGCCUGCAUCUGUGUGGAAGCUCUUCCCCCGGCAGAGUAUGGCCAUUCAGUUUGCACAGACUUGCAAAGAGGCGGUACAUGUCUUUGCACUGGAAAAAGAGAUGACGUCGCUUGGGCAGAGGAUGUACCUUGUUACCAGUUACAGUGAGCUCUGGCAUUACUACAGAACUUACCCACAGUCUCUGAUGCACUGCUAUGAAGUGAUACCAGAGGGAGCAGUUUGUAAGCUCUAUUUUGACCUGGAGUUUCACAAGCCUUCAAACAUUAGGGCAGAUGGCAAAAGGAUGGUGUCUUUACUUAUUCAGUACGUGUGUGCGAAGCUGAAAGAGACAUAUGGGAUUGACUGCUCUGCACAGAAUGUCCUUAAUCUGGACUCAAGCACAAAUGACAAGUUCAGUCGUCAUCUCAUCUUCAAUCUCCCAAACGCAGCCUUCAAAGACAACAUCCAUGUUGGGAGAUUUGUUCAUAAAAUCUUAGAACCUAUUCGAACCAAAGGCUGCAUAUCUUCAUUGCCAAAAAACAGCUUACAUGAAAAGGAUCCAGUAAUGAUUGCUGAUAAAACAUCUGAAGAACCACAGACCAAAAAACACAAAUCUGAAGGCAAAGACCUCAGCUUCCUGCUCAUUAAAAACAAGAAUGGGGAGGAUGGCAUUUUUGUUGAUCUGGGAGUUUACACAAAAAACAGAAAUUUCCGCCUUUACAAGUCAUCAAAGGUGGGUAAAAAUGCAGCUUUUACUGUGGCAGAAGACAAUAAAUUCACACCAAAAACCGAGAAGGGUGUUUCUGUGGAACAGGGAAUAUUUCUGGCUUCAUUAGUCUGUAAUAUCAGUUUUACAGGCCAAAGGAUUCUUACCUUCUCAGAAAAGACUGAAGCCAAUCAAACGGGAAGGAGCCGGCAGGGACCAGCUUCAAGGAAAGCGUCUCCACUUUCUGGCUGCAUGUCAUCGCCUCAUCAAGAACUGGACCAGUUUGUUUUAACUUUGGUUCAAAAAGAUGGUAUCGAGGGAGGAAUCAGGCGAUGGCACUAUUUCGCAGCUGACCAGUUGCUGGUUUAUGACAUCGCCAACUUCCGCUGGUGUGAAAAUGUGGGCAGAUUUCACAAAAGCAACAACAUCUUGAUUGUUGUGGAUCUCAAAGAGGAAGUGUGGUAUCAGAAAUGCCAUGACCCUGACUGCAAGAACUUCAGAUCCCCGAGUUACCCACUGCCACGAGAAAUAUGCAUAAGUUAUCUGAUUGAACUGGAUGAGGAAGACCAGAUGUACUUAAUGGAUGACAGCGGCAAUAUUGAACUGAGCCAAGGCCAAACCAAACAGCUCCCUCUGGCCCAGAUGGACACAGAGCAGCCAGAGAAGAAGUCUGCAGACACCUGGGACAAUACACAGGACGACCAGGACUUUUUGGAGAGUCUAGAUGCCUUUGAACAAAACAAGGAGCUUCCAGAUGAGCUACUUUUGAAAUGUAUGGAUGAUUAUGACUCCCAGUGAAGAGGGAGGAUUAUCCAAAAACGAAUCCACAAAAGUUAAAAUAAUAUAGUGUUAAAUUAUUAAUAAGUUUUGUGCAAUGUGAUAAUUGUUCAGAAUGCUUUGAUGAAGAAUGUACAGUUUAUAUACAUUAGAAUGAUACAGUUCUAUGCUUUAUUUGUCUGAAUUAUACCAUUUUAAUUUAAGUGUUUUUGAUUUGUUAAUGAAUCGUCAUUCUGUCUAUAAAACAACUUUAACAUGA